AUGGCUCUACCUGUCGUACUAAACCUAGCUGAAUGCUCCGACUACAGCAGUACGGUUGCCCCCUACCUCUACCAACUUGCCUCGCUGCCCAACAUCCUCUCUUCGUCGAUCACGAAUUCUGCAGCCCUGAAACAAUUGUACCUCGACUCGAAUCCUCUGAUUACCUCCAUUGCUUUUGGGAUUGCUCUGGCUCCCAUCUUCCUACUGGUCUCCGAAGUAAACAAGAACUACUCCCAGGUAGACCGGGUUUGGUCAAUUCUUCCGACGGUUUACGCCCUUCACUAUGCGGUUUAUUCUCACCUUGCCGGUCUACAUACAGCGAGACUAGAUGCCCUGUGCAUUGUUAGCCUUUUGUGGAGUGUUCGGUUGACCUACAACUACUAUCGGAAGGGAGGCUAUGCGAUUGGGAGCGAGGAUUAUCGCUGGGCCACCGUCAAGGACUAUGCUGGACCUGUCUUGAUGUUCCUCUUCAACAUUCUGUUCAUUUCGCUGGCGCAGUCCCUCCUCUUAGUCUGCAUCACCACCCCGGCCUACAUUCUCUUGCUGACCGAACGCCUGGCAACAUACGACGGACCAAUUCAAUCCUGGAAUAUAGUGGAUGGUGUCGCGUGUGCUCUCAUGUUGGCCUUCAUAGCCAUAUCGUACGUGGCAGACCAGCAACAGUGGAAAUACCAUGCUGCGAAGGCCGAGUAUCGCAACACAGCUAAAGUACCACACGGUUGGGAACGAGCAGACCUAGACCGAGGCUUCCUCACCAAGGGCCUAUUUGCUUACUCGCGACACCCCAAUUUCGCGGCAGAGCAAAGCGUCUGGGUCACAUUGUACCUGUGGUCUUGCUUGGCCACGGGAACCUGGUACAACUGGAGUGGGAUCGGAGCAGCUUCUUACCUGCUGCUUUUCCAGUCCAGUACCUGGCUCACCGAGCUACUCUCUUCAGGCAAGUAUCCUGAUUAUAAGAUAUAUCGGGAACAAGUCGGAAAGUUUUUGCCCAGCCCCGGAUGCGGCCGCCCGAGCUUCCACGACCACGACACAUCCCGGACGAAUGGCAGGGAGUUGAGGAAACGAGACGUUACAAAGACAAAAUAG